AUGGAGCCCAGCGGCCCGGGCACGGGGACCGGCGUGGAAGGCGCGGCGGGCGACCCGUACCAGCGACCAGCGCGGCGCACGCAGUGGCUGCUGAGCGCCCUGGCGCACCACUACGGGCUGGACCGAGGCGUGGAGAACGAGAUCGUGGUGCUGGCCACGGGCCUGGACCAGUAUCUGCAGGAGGUCUUCCACCACCUGGACUGCCGAGGCGCCGGCCGCCUGCCCCGCGCCGACUUCCGCGCGCUCUGCGCGGUGCUGGGGCUGCGCGCCGAGGAGGCUGCCGCCACCUGGGAGGCCGCCGCCACCUGGGAGGCCGCCGGGGAUACAGCCGCGGGAGACAUGAACUCCGGGGAUGUGAUCGCUGGGGUGGCCACCGCUGGGGACGCGGAUGCGGAGGAGGAGGCGCGCCUGGCACUGCGCGCCGAGCCGCCUGAGCUCACCUUCCGCCAGUUCCACGCGCGCCUCUGCGGCUACUUCGGCACCCGCGCCGGGCCCCGUCUGCCCCGCGGCGCUCUCAGCGAGCACAUCGAGACGCAGAUCCGCCUGCGCCGUCCGCGCCGCCGCCGCCGCCGAGCGCCCCGUACGCCCGGCCCCGACGGCGGCCCGGACAGCGAACGCCUGGCGCGCUUGGAGGAAGAAAACAGCAGCCUGCGCGAGCUGGUGGAGGACCUGCGGGCCGCGCUGCAGAGCAGUGACGCGCGCUGCCUAGCACUGCAGGUCGGCCUCUGGAAGAGCCAGGCGGGCGCCCAGGAGGCGGCGCACGGCGGGCCCGAGGCGGCGGCGCGGGAGCUGCGGCAGGCGCGGGGCGCGCUGGCGGCAGCCGAGGCCCGCGCGGGGCGGCUGCGCCGGGGCCAGGCCGAGGUGCGGCGGCACGCGGAGGAGGCCCGGCAGGCAGUGCUGCGCAGCCUGGCGCGCGUGCGCGAGCUCGAGGCGCUGGCGCGGCAGGUGCCCGGCCUGCAGCGCUGGGUGCGGCGGCUGGAGGGCGAGCUGCGGCGCUACAGGUCAGAGGACACCCACCUCCCAACCUCACCACGAGCCAGCCCAGAGCCAGAAGCCAAAAGUAGUGAACCUGAGGAUGGUGGGACCAGAGGCCCAGACUCCCCUCCAGAGGGAGCCUGGGGGUCCGACAGCAGCUCGGGGAGCCGACCCCUGGACGAAGCCCGUGCUUCUCCAGCAGCGGACGAGCAGCUGUUCCGCUCGGUCGAGGGCCAGGCCGCCUCUGACGAGGAGGACGACAAUGGGAAGUGGCAAGAGGCGCAGCGGCCACCGGCUGAGGUCAAGGCCCUGCUGGCCGGCCUCUCCAGCUGCGGCAGUGGGUGCGUAUGCUGGUGUGAUGACCAGACGGCCAAGAAGCUCAUGACCUACUUCACCCACUUUGGCAGUGCCGACCAUGCCCGUGCCCUGGGGGAGCUGGAGCAGCUGGGGACCCAGGGCUGCAGUGGGAAGACCCUGGGGACACCAGGGGAGGAGGCGGAGCUGCAGCAGCAGGUCGAUGAGAACGAGUGCCUGAGGCUGGAGCUGCAGAUGGUGGAGACAGAGAGGGUGCGGCUGUCCCUGCUGGAGGAGAAGCUGGAGGACGUGCUGCAGCUCCUGCAGAGGCUCCGGGACCUGAACAUAUCGAAAAGAGCCCUGGGGAAGAUUUUGCUGAGCACACUGGACGCUUGCAGGGACCCUGCACAUGAGGGGACGUCUGGCCCCUCAGCCAUGCUGGAUGCCCUGCACCGAGCUUUGGCUGGCUGUGAGCUCCUGCGUAGAGAGCCCUCGGCACCAGCCUCUGCAGCUCCAGCACUCAGCAACUCCCUCCUCAUCUCCUGCUGAGGUUGCUAGCCCAGUCUGUGGGCCCCCUGGGCAGCCUGGCCACCAUCAGACCAGCCUCGAGGAACAGCCUGGCCACCAUCACAUCCUCAGAACCCUGGAGGUGCAGCCUCCUUCUGAGACUGGCCCAAGUUCAGAGCCCGGCAGCCAUCCCUUCCUUGGGUUCCUCCCAGAUUCCCUUGCAGCCCCUGCAUUCCUGCUGCCAGGGUCCACACUGCCCUACGGUUGCUGGAUCAGCCUGUACCUGCUGCAGUCUCCCCUGCCCUUGGAGUGGAGCUGCACACUCUCCUGCCAGGUCCAGUCCAGAAUCCCUUCCCUGGGCUCCCAGGGUCUCCUCUCCUUCCUCCCCACAGCAUGCCUGCCGCAGGGACUCUGUGUCCCCCGGUCCACCAGGGAAACUACUCAUGCCUCAGGAAUUGUGGAAGGUCAGGCAGGGCUGGGGGAACUCCAAGGGGGGCAGCGUGAUCACUGCAGGCUUCCUGGUGGAGCUGGCCUUGAACGAGCUCUAGAAGAGGGAUAGGAUUUAGAUAGGCAGAGAGGAGGGAAGGGCAUUUCAUGUGAGGUAACAGCGAGAGCACAAGUGUGGUACCAGAAAGGGCCCCCAUUAGUACAGAACCCAGAGCCCCUCUUUCCUGAGCACACAGUAGGUACCAGGCCUCAUGGGGUCACAGGAAAGAGCAGGACAAGCUGCCUGGUCUCAUCUACCUUAAACUCUCGUAGGGGAGACAGAUACGUUGGCAAGUAGUGCAACGCGGCUGAAAUCCGGGCUACCCUGAGGUAGAAGAGAGGGUUCUUAAUUAAAACUGCAAACUCCAAAGCUAUGUAAGAAUGUGAAGGCAUAUGAGAAUAUACGAAAAUUAAAAUUUUUGUGUAUACAAAAA